AUGGACUGGGAUGGACUGGGAUGGACUGGGGUGACAUUCCAUGGGGACAAAUGCGUGGUGACAGGAUGGGGACACGUCCGGACUGCAGUGCCGCUGCCACCGCCGAAGCCGCUGCAGCAGCUGGAGGUGCCACUGCUGAGCCACCGCCGCUGUCGCUGCCUCUACGGGGAGGGGACAGUGACAGGGACAGCGGGGGAGGGGCUGGGGACACCCGCGGGGGACACGCUGUGCGCCGGCUUCCCACGGGGACAGCGCGACGCCUGCCAGGGUGACUCUGGUGGCCCCCUGUCCUGUCUCAAGGGUGGCACGUGGCUGCUGUCCCUAUGUCCCCAAUGUCCCCAAUGUCCCCAAUGUCACUGAUGUCACA